UUGCGCGUGCGCACCUCAAAUGUUAAAAGCCAAGUGCAAAGACAACAGCUCUCAUGAAUCCUUGCGGCAAUUCUAAAUUUAAAAUGUUUAAAAAUCAAUAAAAUGUUCUAGUGGUGUGCUUUAGUUUUAAAAUUGUGUGGUGUGUGCAAUAAUGCCUAGGAAACGAGUUAAUAAAUCGCCGCCGGUGGAAAAGCGCUCGGACGACGCCGACGACGAUGACUUUUUUUUCGAUGAUACGCAGUCCAAUUCAGGUCGAAAUUCGCAAGAACCUCAACACAGAAACGCAGCCAACGCACGCGAACGGGCCAGGAUGAGAGUUCUCUCAAAAGCAUUUUGCAGGCUAAAGACGACUCUCCCGUGGGUGCCAGCAGACACCAAGCUGUCUAAGUUAGACACCCUACGACUGGCUGCGUCCUACAUCGCGCACCUCCGCGCCUUGCUGCACGAGCCGAGAUCUGCGCACACGCCACCGCACCCGCUUAGUUUGGCAUGGCCGUUUGCGUUCCAACAUGGCGGGUCGCUCAGCUGUUCCAUAUCUCAGCGAUGGAAUAUUAACUCCCAGAGCAACGAGUCAACCAACUCCCGCGCAGCUACCGUAAGGAACGAUGCGCAGAACAGUUGCCAUGACAACUACAACCAGGAAUACUCUGAAAACGACUAUGAGCAUCGGUGCUACGACGAUACAGCGAACGAAGCAGCCAACGCGCCUAUGCAGUACUGCGAAUACGGAUACAAAGAUAGUUAUUACGAAAUGAGGUCGUAUUCUUCUGAAAACUUAAUGAAUAAUGUAUGAAAAUAUUAGAUAAUUGAGACUUUUGAAUGAAACGUCUGGAAAUGAAAUGGAACCUCCAAAUUAUACAGAUUUAUUUA